AAAUUUAAAACAAUUUCUAGAAUAGUUGACUGGAUCUUACCAAACGAUCUCAAUACGCAGUGUUUAGUAGGAGCUGGAAUGUCGGAGAGAAUGUAAAAUUCUGAGGGACAUGAUGAAUUACCUUUUAAGAAAACUAAAGCUUACCUGUAUCGGGUGCUGUGAUUGAUGAAACCCUUUUGUUUUUAAAUAGAAAAGCUUCUGUUUAAGGAUAAUUUAAGAUUUAUGUGGGUUUUUUUUUUUCCUAAUUAUUCUCCCUCUGACCCCUAGUUUUUUCCCCAAUUGUGGCAGGCAGGUUUAAGAAUGUGUCUAAACAGAAGUAAACAAUUGUUUUGCUUAAAACUUACUGAGAAAGCUGCCCCUGCCUUGUGUGGUGGGGAUGCGGACGGUUCCAAGAGCAGUGCGUGUGGCUUGCUUUCAGGCACAGCUUUUUUUUGUUCUUAAGACAUGUAAGAUUUAGAAGACAAUGAUGAAUCAUUUACAUGAGGGAAAUUGUUGUAUCCACUUAGACUGUUAAUUCUAGAUUGAAUUUAAUGCCAUUUUCAUUAUGAUUUUGUCGUAUUGUAGCCAGUAAGUAAUCUACGACAUAACUUUGCAAAAACAGAUGGGGAAGAAAUUGAAGAUAACUUAUCUAACAGGAAAGCUAUUGAAAAUGCAAAUAUGAAGCACCUGAAUGAAGGACUAAUUACACUGAAUUCAGCUUUCGUGAAGUUAUGAAAGAUGGCCAGCUCAGAUAAAAGUAAGCCUAAACCAAAGGUAUUGAAAGCCAAAAAAACAAUGCCUACAAGUUGCCGAAAGCAAGCAGAGAUGCUGAGUAAGCCAAAGCAUGUUGAAGCCCUGAGACCAGCAGCAGCUGAAAGUAACGUCAGUUUAAAUAAUAAUUUCGUAACAAGUACAUGUAGACAUUCUAAAAAUUUUGAUGUCUCAUUGGAUUCCAGCAAAACCACAGUAUCCUCACAGAGAGAUAUAGUACUUCCUCAGAGUUUAAUGAAACCGGUUGAAGAAAUUGUUCAUUCAGAAAACAGAUUGCAUUGUACUAGUAAUGAACAAGUUACAUGUUCUAACCAAAAGCCGAGGAAGUCGGUAGAUCCUGCCGGCGAUCUCUGUGUACAAAAAGCGAAAGAAUCACAGGUCGGUUCUGAUAACCAUUUUGAAUAUCAGGCAUGUGUAACAAGUUCCUUUUUUGAACUUAAAGAGAAUUAUAAUGUAAAAUCCUUUUGGUGGCCACCUUCUAUAUUGGGUAAUGUUCUCCAGAUGCCAAAUACUACAAUAAAAGAUACAGCGGAUGGUGAGAGACUUGACAACAUGGUUUCCACGACAGAAAAAACCUCCAAUUCAGAGUCAUCUCGUAAAACGCAAAAUGACAUUUUAAGUUCAGACUCGGACUUUGUGCCUGCUGAGAAAAGACCUAGAUUGAAUUCAGUCAGUUCCAGCAUCUCCAUUGCUGAAGACAAGAAAAAUGAAGAAAAUAAUAAAACCUGUUAUUUCAGCAUUUCAAAUUGUGAAAGAACAGAAGCAAAGUGGCAGUCACCACUUGACACUGAUGAUAAUAUCGGCCAAAAUCAAAAAAGGAGGAUGUUUUCAGGAAAAGAAGAGAAUGCCAAGCACAUGAGAGCUUCAGAGCAGAUUAAUGGAAAUGUUUUGCCUCUGGAAAGGCAAACAGCCUUACUGCAACAGGUCAGACAUUUGAUUCAACAGGAGAUCAACAAUAUACAUUUCAAACUGUUUGACGACAAACUGAAAGAAUUGAAUGAACGCAUUGGAAAGACACACUGCAAGAUUAGACAUGACACAAAAGCUACUGAACUCUUUACAAAAGUAACAAGGCUUCAAAGACGUGUUCAAGCAGUAUUAUCAUUUCAGAGGAACCAUACAGAACCAAAUGUAUCCAGUAAUACAACCUAUAAGGUUGCAAAUUCAGAAACCGUAAAUCUGGCUGAGAAUCAGUCAGUUAAAAGUCUAAGUGAAAGAACGAAUUCUGCGAAACAUGAAGCUUCCAGCCCUUUAGAAAAAGCAAGUGAAAAUAUUACAUUGUCAGCAGAUCAUGUUGAGUUUGUUUCUGAAAGUAACAAUGAUGAUGUUUUGUUGAUUUCUGUGGAAAAUCCUAAUUUGACAGCUCCAAUUACAUCAAAACCAACAGAUCUGAGGAAGGUUUCGUCAACAGGAAAUUCUAGCAGUUCACUUAAUGCUGACACAGAAGUUAUGGCUACAGAAUUGAAGAAACUUGAUUCUAUAAUUGAUUUGACAAAAGAAGGCCUAUCCAGCAGCAACAGCGACACAAGAAGUCCAGUAUCCACCUCGGAGUCAGUGUUGAAAACAACCCCAGAGGCACCGGAUGCAGCCAAGGUUCUGGACUCCUUUGCACACCUGCCACCCCUCCCAGAGCCACCACCGCUAUUACCUGAGCUGGUAGACAAGCUUCGAGACACACUCCCUCCCCAGAAGCCUGAGCUCAAAGUGAAACGGGUUCUGAAGCCCAAGGGCAUUGCUCUGACGUGGAACAUCUCCAAAAUCAACCCCAAGUGUGCACCUGUGGAAAGCUACCACCUCUUCCUGUGCCACGAGAAUGCCGGUAAUAAGCUGAUUUGGAAGAAGAUUGGAGAAAUCAAAGCCUUACCGCUCCCAAUGGCCUGUACUUUAUCUCAGUUUUUAGCUUCCAACAAGUAUUAUUUUACUGUCCAGUCAAAGGAUAUUUUUGGGAGAUAUGGACCAUUUUGUGAUAUAAAAUCUAUCCCUGGGUUUUCUGAAAACCUUACCUAAAAGAAGUGUCUUCAGUAAUUACAUAUUGUGUGCUGUAUGUUCUGUUUUCAUGUUUGGGCUUUUAUUUUACAGUGUCUCAAGCACUACUUGCCAUUUAAAGGGCCAGUUCAGAUUGGGAACCCUGUCACAGGGACAGGUGCUUUUCAUAUAUUGAGUCAUAUGUUUUCAUGAAUUUCUGAAUUAGUUUUGUACUCAGUAAUGUGCUUCUGAUGUCUGCGUUGUGAAAGAUGACACUGUCAUGGACCCAUGUGGCUAAGGUGCGUUGAGCAGUGCCUUCAGUAACCACAGAGUUACCGCUGCUUAUAUCCGGGCCCUAGAAUAAAAUCGGCCGUGGA